AAUAAUCCCUCCUCUAUUCUCAUCCUAUGAGGAGAAAUGUUUAGCUAUAAACCAAAACACGUGCAUUUAUAAAGCAACAGAUUCACCAUCCACUGAGAUACAGCAACAGAAGUACUGAAGAUAAUACUAAGACCUGGAUAAGGAAACAGAAUGACAGAGAAAAAGAAAGACAAUGUAAAGUGCGUGUGUCACACGCCCUGGAGCCUGAAAGCGAUGUCUUUCCACUCAGAAGUGAAGGGUCGUCUGAUAACGCUGAGUGACGGCGAUCGUCGGGUGACCAGGGACGAGUCGUCAUUCUGCCACGGGCUGACGUUUAGCGGGCGACCGGUGAAGACGGAGGAGAAGGUGCGACUGCGGGUCGAGCGCAGUGAUGGAGUUUGGCACGGAGCGCUGCGGCUCGGAUUUGCUCAUGUUUCACCUGAUCAGACGACUUUACCCCCUUUGGCCAUCCCAGAUUUGACAAACUCUCCACUGUACGCGGCAGUAGUAGUACCUGAGCACAUCUGUCGCCCUGGCUCAGAGAUUGAGUUCUGGUUGCAGAAGAAUGGCAGUCUGACGAUACGAAGUUCUGAUGGCACAACAUACACGGAACCGACCACGCUGAACCCCAAGUGGACCGUCUGGGCGCUGAUUGACGUCUAUGGACAGACCACUGCAGUCACAAUGCUCGGUACCAAAAUGAAGCGUUGGAUCUUCACCAGUCGGUCGUGUCCUGCUAUCAAACACACUGAAAAUAAAGAAAUGCAGGAAAGACAGAAACAAACGAGCAUGCUGGAAGAGAGAAACCUAAUGAACAAUCACCUUGACAACACAGAUCACAAAGCUUCAGACAUUGAGGAGUGUGUAGUGUGUUUCAGUAAUGUGCCAAACAGUCGUCUGAGCUGCGGUCAUAAAUGUGUGUGUACUCCUUGCGCCAUGAGGGUUCACAUGACGUUUGGGACCUGUCCUCUGUGUCGUCAGCCCUUGGGUUCCUUCCAUCCAUAUCACCACUAGUUUGCAUCCCAGUUCAUGUAGUGUCUAUUGUUUGUUGAAUUUAUAUCAAACAGGGCCGUUGGUUUGUUUCUGACGUUGGAGAUAUAAAGUGCACAGUUUUCAAGCAUAUUCAUUUCAGCUUCUCAGGUAAUAUCAGUGGUUCUGUAUGACCUAUUUCAAAUGUGUCUGAAAUUACAACAACAUAUGUAUGCAUAUGUAUAUGUUUAAUUGUUUGAUCAGAAUGAUUGCUAGGGACAAUUUAGUAAUUGCUGGAUAUUGGUAGGGAUGUCCCUAGCUUCCCUACUAAAUUCUACACCCUUAAUAUUGAAUGUAUUUUAAUUUCAUAAGUGCUGCUGUAACAUACAACUGUAUCACUGCAUUGCGCAGAUGGUGUUUUUACACAGAUGGUUGAUAUAUUUCUAUUCUG